AUGUCUAUUGUAAUGACGGUAUGCACAACUCUUGGGGCAGUACCCCUGACUCCUCUACUAACAAAGAUAUUGGCAGGGACUUACGUCCCUGUGGAUGCUGCCAAACUGUCAAUGAGCACCAUGCAGAGUGCAUUUCCUGCAGUGGUUAAAAUUGUGAUACCUUUUGCAUUUGCACCACUUUUUGCUGUUCUAGCUAGCUGCAUCACUGCUUAUUUUAUUUUGUGGGCCAGUGUAUUAUAUGAGAAUGUUGUCCGUCUCAAAGCUUCAAUGGUUGCUGUAACAUUGCCGGCUGACCUCUCUCUAAUGGCUCAUGCUGAGACAGUGUUAUCUGGAGAAGUUGGGGUGGUUAUUCUUUCUGUGCUGUGUGUUGUUGUGGAAAAAGCUCAAGGUAUAUAUCAGCAGCUGUUUGCGGGUUUAGAGAAGCACAAAGACGAGCAAUAUCAAUUGAGCUUUGGUCAAAUUGGUAAUAAAGAUAUAAAAAUUCUCUUCUUAAACUUUAUUGUUGGCAUGCAAAAUUCUUCUUUGGGUGUGGUUUUGGCCACUUCUCAUUUCACCUCGCCGAUGGUUGCAUUACCCUCAACAUUGUUUGUUCUGUGUGGUGGUGGUGGUAUGGCAGCGGUGUAUGAUGGUGUUAGGGUUUUGGGAGAAGCUUGCCAAGUCUUAAGUGACCCAGGCCAACACCAAGCAUACGAUGCUUUUGGAAAAUCAGGGAUCUCAACCGACUCAAUUAUUGAUCCUGCAGCAAUCUUCGCUGUGCAUUUUGGUAGUGAGCUUUUUGAGGAAUAUAUUUGGCCAGCUAGCCAUGGCAUCAAUGUCUUCACUAGAUAUUUUCUCAGAAGGGGAGCAGUUCGAUCCCAAAAGGCUGCAAGAGAAAAUGCGGGGGAUGUUCCUCUGUCUAUUGUAAUGACGUUAUGCACAACUCUUGUUAACGAAUUGAAGAUACUCAUGCUAUAUAUUUUUUUGGAUCCAGAUCGAAAUCACGUUGUGACUGAUUCAGCUGUGAAGAGGAUGAGUUGCUCUUGUCUCCCGAAUAGCAUGCCACACUCUCAGCAAGCCUUAUCCGAGGAGUGUGGAGACAAAUGGAUCAAUGAACUACUAGAUGGAUCUUUGAGGCUCCUGGAUGUGUGUGGCAUCAUUAAGGGUGCUCUUUUGCAAACAAAGGAGUGCACACAUGAACUUCAAUCCAUUAUGUGCAGAAGACAAGGAGGUGACAAGAGCUUCAUGAGUGAGGUUAGAAAAUAUCUUGCCUCUAAGAAUGAACUUGAGAAGGUGGAUGCUGCAUUGAAUGCCCUUAUUACUCACAAGUCUAAGAAAUCUGAUUACGCAAUGCAAGUCGAGAAUGUGCAAAUUUGGCUCCAGGAUUUGGAGGCAAACAUUCAAGAUAUAGAAUAA